AUCAGGGCUUCGGUCCUGCAGAACCAAUCAGAGAGGGCUACAGUGCACCCUCACCCUGGGUACAAACUGCACCGCUGUGCAUUAGGAGCCUGCUAUGGAGCACAAGAAGAUCCUGUGUGUGGGACUGGUGUGUCUGGAUAUUAUAAACGUGGUGGAGAAAUACCCGGAUGAGGACACAGACACCAGAUGUUUGUCUCAGCGAUGGCAGCGAGGUGGUAACGCCUCAAACUCCUGUACAGUUCUGGCUCUGCUCGGAGCUCCGUGUGCUUUCAUGGGUUCUUUAGCUGCAGGACCCGUCGCUGACUUCAUCCUGAGUGAUUUUAAACUCUACCAGAUUGACAUCUCUCACCUGACUGAGCAUGCUCAGUGCUCCAGCCCCGCCUCCAUCAUCAUCAGCACCCAGCACACGGGUACUCGCACCAUCCUGCACAUGAACAGCUUCAUCGUGGAGGAUUUUAGCCGGCGGGGCGUGGAUAUUUCGGGUGUAGCGUGGCAGCAGUGUGGCGUGACGCCUUGUGCUUGUUGCGCUGUUUGUCCCACCUCAGGCUCUCGCACCGUGCUGCUCUACGACACGAAUCUACCUGACGUUUCAGCAGAUGAUUUCUCCAGGCUGGAUCUCACUCAGUUCAAGUGGAUUCACUUUGAGGGUCGUAAUGCUGAAGAUCAGGUGAAGAUGAUCCAGCAGGUGAGGAACUACAACCUCAAACAGGAGGAGAGGAACAGGAUCACCAUCUCAGUGGAGAUCGAGAAAACACGUCAACCCUUAUACCAACUGUUCCCUCAUGGAGACCUGGUGUUCGUCAGUAAAGACGUGGCGUCACAUUUCGGGUUCCAGUCGGCGUCUGAUGCAGUGAAGGGAUUUUACCCCCGUCUCAAAAACGGGGCAGUACUGAUCUGUGCGUGGGCGGAGAAGGGCGCCGAUGCCGUCGGUCCUGAUGGAGUUAUCGUUCACUCAGACGCUUUUCCUCCUGAGAAACUGGUGGACACUCUGGGAGCCGGAGAUACCUUCAACGCCGCCGUCAUUUACAACCUGUCUAAAGGAGGGACCUUACAGGAAGCUCUCACGUUCGGCUGCCAGAUCGCAGGAAAGAAAUGCGGCGUGCACGGCUACGACGGAAUCCUGGACGGAAAACCGGCGGGACCGAGCUGAAGAUUCGGCCAAACAGAACUGAUUAUGAAUCCUCACACUCACACUGGUGAUUAAUUACAUGAUCUAGAACUGAUACUUGUGGGUUUAAUUUUUAAUUGAUUAAUCACCAUUUUUGCCAGCAUGAUGAAAACCUGAAACCUUAAUCACAAAAGUAUUCAGACCCUUAUCCAAUAUUUACAUUUACAGUUUCAGCAUUGUGACAGUAUAUUUUCUAAGCAAUUAAGGGUUAAGAGCCUUGCUUAAGGGCCCAACAGUGGCAACCUGGUAGUGGUGGUGCUUGAACCAGCGACCUUCCGAUUACUAGUCCAGUACCUUAACCUCUACGCUACAAUGGCCCAGUACUUUGUAGAAGCCACUUUGGAAGCAGCUGACACGUCUCUACCAGCUUUGCGACCUGGAUUGUGGCGGUUUACCCCAUUCUUCAUGGCUGGAUUAACUGUUCUGAUCAGCGUGUUGAUAUUCAUACACAAAUCUGUGAUGUAGUGAGCAGAUCAGUGGGUCUGGGGUGGAGACAUCAGCUUCAUCAGAUCUAUAAACUGUUAUUAUAGCCGGAUAAACAGAUCCUGUGUGACGGGGUGUCGGUCGAUGUUCUGUACCUGCUGGAGGGAUGAAACCCAAACAGGAAGUAGGAGUUCAUCCACAUGGUGGGGUUAUCCUGCACAUGCAGUCACAUCCUGUGUUCCAGUAAUACCAUGCUGGUUAGACUGGUGAUCCAAAAUUAUCUUUAGAUCUCCUUGGGGGCUUUUCUGCCUCUCAUCGGUUCAAAUAAUGAUGUGCAUGACUUGGGUUUAUAAAUUAAUGAUGUAUUUGCUCUAACCCCAACCCUAAAUCUAAUCAUAGUCAUUAAAAUAAUCUACCAAUCAAAUCUUUGUACACACCUAAAUGAGUGAUAGUGAAUAAACCAGUGUUCAUAGUGUAUGUAUAUAUUAAAUGAGUGGGUCAGAUUAGGAUACAAAUCAUUAAAUAAUGUGGACCUGAGCGUUCUGUUCUGUUGCCGUGUUCUACAAUAUACAUGAAACCCGACCGUGUUCUAUGUGUUCCUUCGAGUGUCGUCCAUUCUUACUAGAACGUUCCAGAACUUCAACCAAUUCACCCAGGAUCUUUAGCUAGACUUUGGCACCUAGGGUGGAACAGUUGGGGUGAUCAAGAACACACAUUUAUUUAUUAUAAAAAUAAAUAUAUGAACAAUG